CGGCAAGGUUAGGGCAACCUGACACACAUGAGCUCUGCGUUCAUCACAGUUUGUGACGGAUUAAGGAUACGAACGAACUAACACUUGUUUGGCAGGAAAUGGAUGGUUACUGCAAGGAUGAAGAACAUGUGGCGGAAUUGGUUCCAAUGGCGGAUACAGUCAACGCCAGCCCAUCUAACAGAGGCAGCAAGGAAGAACAGAGAGGACAGUGGGCUUCAAAUAUUGACUACUUAUUGUCUGUUAUUGGCUUCUCUGUUGGGCUUUCAAACGUUCUCCGUUUUCCUUAUGUCUGCAACAAGAACGGGGGAGGUGCUUACCUUAUCCCAUACAUGACGUGUCUGAUGUUAUGUGGUCUGCCUCUGUUCUUCCUUGAAGUUGCCAUUGGACAAUUCAGUGGGAAGGGGGUAUCCCACGUCUGGAGCGUAUGUCCCUUAAUGAAAGGUCUUGGAUUCGGCAUGCUGAUCGUGACCUUUGGUACUAACGUGUACUACACCAUCAACUCUGCAUGGGCUCUGUACUACGCUGUCUCAUCGUGUAGAGCCGUCCUGCCGUGGUCAACCUGUGGCAAUUCCUGGAACACAGAGAAAUGUGUCAAAGACAUCAGAGGACUGAGAGUCGCCACAGUCAGCAACUCUACCAUGCUUAAUGGAACCGUGAUCAACUCGACACUAACACCUUACAAUGGCACCACGGAAUAUGGCAGCAGUGGUUGGGGAAAAACUGAAACAUUAUCGCAUACUGCAGCGGAGGAAUUCUGGCAAUACAACGCUCUCAGCAUCAGUCCUGGCUUGGAGCAAGUGGGGAAUAUCAAGUGGGAGCUGGCUCUGUGUCUCUUUGUCACGUACUUGCUGGUAUUCUGCUGCAUUAUUAAAGGCGUUAGAUCAGUUGGAAAGGCUGUCUACCUUACUGCAACGCUUCCAUAUCUGUUCCUCAUCAUUCUCUGUAUCCGCGGGUUGACUUUGCCUGGAGGACCAAACGGCGCUCUGUUUUACCUUGCACCGGAUUUCAGCAAAAUACUCGACAUAGAGGUGUGGCUGGAGGCCUGUGUUCAGGUGUUCUUCUCGCUUGGCCCAGCAUGGGGAAGCCUCAUCACAAUGGCAAGCCACAACACGUUCCAUACCAAUUGUCUCAGGAAUGCAGUCGUCUGUACAUUCGUGUGUGGAGGAACCAGCCUGUUUUCUGGAAUUGGUGUUUUCUCCGUUCUUGGAUUCAUGGCCCAUGAAGCAGAUGUUCCCAUCACAGAUGUUGUGUCUUCAGGUCCAGGUUUAGGUUUCGUUAUUUACCCAGAAGCCUUGGCCCAACUUCCGUUUCCGCAGCUAUGGAGCUUCUUCUUCUUCAUUUUGCUGAUUCUUUUGACACUGGAUUCAGCGUUUACAAUGGUUGAAACUGUCAUAUCGGCCAUUAUGGAUCAAUUCCCUGCUCUGCUGAAAUGGAGACUCUGUGUAAAUGCUGGGUACUGCACUGCUGCCUUUCUGCUGGGUCUGGUAUUUGCCACUGAGGGUGGAAUGUACAUUUUCCAGCUGGUCGAUUGGUACUUUGUGGCCAUAUUCCUAGUCCUGGUGGGGCUUCUGGAGUGCAUCAUCCUGGGAUGGAUAUACGGAGUGAACAAUGUCAGCGAGGACAUCCACAUGAUGACGGGGAGCCCAGUUCCAGUGUUCUUCAAAGUGUCAUGGUGUUUCAUCACACCUUCACUGCUUCUGAUAAUAUUCAUUUCCACUCUGGCCCGUUACAAGCCUCCAACAUAUGGCAAUUAUGUUUAUCCCCCGUACGCUGCUACGAUUGGCUGGUGCCUAGCAACCAUUCCCUGUAUUCCAUUGGUUGUGGGGAUGCUUCUGGCCAUAUACAAAGAAAAGGGGAGCUUAUUGCAGCGUCUCAAGAAGUCCUUGAAACCUGACAGCUCCUGGGGGCCGGUCAAAUCGUCCUGUGUUGAAUCAUUUCGUAUCAGACACAAGAAAACCAACUCUCUCAGAGACAUCUGCUUAUCAUUUGUGCCUUGUAAAUCUAAGUAA